UUAGUCUUUCCGUAGUCCAAUCCCCGGUUUAGAAAUCCUACUCUUGAGGAGACACAUGUUUAUUAUGAAGCACAUCCGCCUUAGCAAAGACAGAAUCAAAAUCGGAGGCGUUAAUUCCAAGGCGGGCCAAAUAAUGGCGGUGGAAUGUGUUCGAAACGAACGGGAUCGGAGGUCUUGCGGUGUGGGGCAGAGGAGUGGUGUUGCAAAACUCACAAAAACGCAGAAAUUCGAUAGAGUGGGAGUGCCGCAGGUUAAAUCGGAAGGUUGUUCCGAGUUGGGAGAGGGCGUAAGUGUUGCUUUGUUUGGUGGUUGAUAGGGGGCUGGCAUUAAAUCCUAGCUAGGUUCACCCGCUCUCCCCACCGAUCUUUUCAGGGUGUUAUAUACCAUCGACAAGCGCCAGAUCAUUUCUAGUGAUGGAUCAGAACGACUGGAGAUACGAGUUGGGGCUGUUGUGCCUUUUGAUUUUGUGAAAUAUGGUUCAUUGGAGAUAUCUGAAGGGUUGGAAGAUUGUUUUUACGAGAUGGAUGAGGAGAGAGAGCUGGAGUGUGAUUGCAAUGGAGCACACGUACUCGUCAAGAAUCAAUUCAAUGAUUACACUGAUUGUGGAUCUGGCACAAACCUGAUUCUUGUUCUUCACAAGUUGAGCAUCUUCUUGUUUUGGUUUGCUUUGGUAUUGUUUCUGACAUCGAGAUGCAUUCAUGAUUGUCCGAAGGGUUUUGUUAUUGAACAUUGUUCAGAAUCGGGCACAUUUCGCAAUGCUAACUUGCUCUUGCAAUUUGGGGUAGUGUAUCAAACGGGGCCCAUCUUCCUUAACUGUGAUCACUCAGGUUGGUGUGACUCUGGUACCAAAAAGUUCAGGAAUCAGAAAAGGCGUACCUAAAAGGAGAGCUCGACGUGUUGCCUUUAUACAGUGUCAACGUAAUGCCAAUAUUGAACGCUCUAUAAACUCUAGGGAUUGAUGUUGCACUAUCCAACAGCACGCGUAAGAUUGCACGGUGCAGAACAUGCAGAGUAGUUUUUUGAACUUCACCUCUUUUAAAAAAGCUGCAAACAGACUGUUAAGUCGGAUGGAAUCGUCGUCCGCAUCCUGUGUAGUGGUGCAACUGGGCCAGGGAGGAAAUCAGCUCUAUACUUCCUUCUUCACUGCUCUCGCCAACUUAUCUAAUCCAACCAUGCAGAAUAGCGGGUUUUUCAGAGAGGGUACUAAGGGAGGCCGUGUAGCGCGGGCUGUUCUCAUUGACAUGGAACCAAAGGUGAUCUCGUCAGCAAUAAAGCGAGUAGAAGGAUUGAAUCAGCGCAGUGAAACAUCUUGGAAGUUUUGCCCAUAUCGUCAGGUGACGCAAGAGAGCGGGUCAGGAAACAAUUGGGCUCGAGGGUACUACGUCCAUGGGCCACGAUGCAGCGAAGCAAUCUCAAAUGUUAUUCGGCUUGAGUUAGGUCCUUACACCCAUAAUUCUCUCACUGAUCAUACAAUUCUUUUUCUUUGAAAACCAGUCAAACUGCAGAGGUGUGUGCUUUUAGCUAUGCAGCAAAGCGUCCUGUGGAGAUCCUUAAUCAGCUUUAACACUGCUCUACUCGUUGAAUGUGCGCUCGUAAUUUUCAGCCCACACGAGAACAGCAGGUGGUGCUAAGAUGAACUUAUUAAAAUCAACCGGACAAACUUGCUCACGGUAACUUGCUGCCCAAAAAUUAUGUUAGGAGAGUCGCUGGUUGUUCUGUAAGCGCCUGAUCACUAUACAUUUGGGCAAGUGAUCCGGGUGCACAUCCGAACCUCAAGACCUGGCUCUUCUGCUUCAUAGCAUGAUUCAAAUCAAUUUUUUCAGGUGGAGGCAUGUGACAUGUUUGGUGGUUUUCUGACCGCACAAAGCAUGGCUGGCGGUACUGGUUCCGGCCUUGGUGCAUACGUGACAGAGCUGCUGAAGGAUGAGUACCCAUCCAAAUGUGUCCUGAGCCACUGCAUCUGGCCAUAUGAAAGUGGCGAGGUCAUUGUGCAGAACUACAAUGCGCUGCUCACACUAGCGAAACUCCAAGAAUCGGCCGACGGCAUCAUCAUCUCGCAGAAUGAUGCCCUCUCGUCUAUAUGUAGAAAAACUCUUGGAAUACCAAGGUCGUCUUUUGAUCACAUGAAUGACGUGGUAGCUAAUUCUCUGGCGUCCAUAUUCCUCCCUGCCUCAUGGCGAACAGUUUGUCCCUCUGAACGGAACGAGCAUCCCCGAAAGACAUUCCGAGACAAAGGUCAAUAUGAGGAUGAGGAUGGUAUUAAGGGUGGAAUAUACGGAGCUGGAAUGCCUGUCCGCUUACUAUCCGAUUUGGUGUCAAAAUUGUGUGCUCAUCCUGGAUAUCGCAUGCUCUCUUUGAGAUUUACUCCACAGAUUUCAAAUAAGUCAUUGAAUUUCACCACCUUCAAUUGGGGAGCACAAAUUAAACAGUUACAACAAAUGCUUAUGACUGAAGCUCUUGGAGAUUUUGAUCUGGACUUGAUCUUGCCGUCAGCAAAGAAAGAUACCUUGUUGGGUUCAAAGGUGUCACGAUUCGGUAACACCCCGAAUGUCAACCGAUGUCUUGCCAACAUGUUAGUGUUGAGGGGAAGCGGUAGCCUCACCGCAGAUGUGAGCAGAUUCGAGCACGAGAGCCUUUACCCUGUCUGGUCAGUGGAUCACUUGAGCGUCGCUGUGAAUCCUGCCAAGCUCGGCAAGUAUGAAAUGUCAGCAGGUUUACUAUGCAAUUGUCAGUCGACUGUAAUGUGCACAUUCAGGGCUCUCUCCAGGGCGUACGGGAUGUUUGCAUCACGAGCAUACUUGCACCAGUACUUCAAGUUUGGCAUGGAGAUCUCGACGUUCGAGGAAGCUUUUACGACUGUGGAAGAUAUCAUUUCGCGCUAUCUCGCUCUAUAAUUGAUCUCCAUACACAACAUUCCGUGAUUAUCAUCGUCAGCAUUAGAUGAGCUGUGCCGGAUGUUUAGAUUAGAUGUAGUACAAUAAUUAGUGCAUGAUAUUUUUUAUUUUUUCUAGUGCAACCACACUGUGAAAUCAGAAAUCCAUUCAAGUCAAGUUAAUACAAAAUCUCUGUAAGAACCAUGUGUAAAUUUAAAAUAA